AUGGCUGCGACGACUACGGAGCGUGGCUACCACAACACAUCAUCGUCAUAUGUUCUCCCCAAUGAUGCUAUUGAGCAGGAUCGACUCGAUGCGCAAGCCGAUGCCAUAGUAGCCAUGAUUGGGGGUGAUCCCUUUCUGGCGUACAAUCGCCAUUUUACAAGCGCCUCCAAGGCAGUCGAUAUUGGCUGCGGAACUGGUGUUGCAACCAUUCAACUGGCUGCUCUGCUGCCCAGCGCAAAAGUGGUCGGUGUUGACAUUACUCCUGUUCCUGCACCUGCGAUUUCUGCUGCCUCGCCCAGACUGCAAUGGGAGACGGGCAAUAUCCUGGAUGUCGACAUUGAGAAGCAGACCGACAGCCUCAGCCGGAGCGCAUUAGCACCAACCUCUGUUGGCUACUUUUUCGGACGCAUGUUGUUCCUGGGUAUCAACGACUGGCGCAAGUACUUCCAAGUCGCCAGCCUUGCGCUUCAGGACCAAGGGAUCAUUGAGCAUCAGGACCUGGAUUGGAAGUUCUAUCGCGUCGGCACAGACGAAUGCCUGAGCGAUGACUGGAAAUGGCACGCCCUGCUCAUGACGGCCGUCAAGAAAGCUGGUCUCUCUGACGCAUCCGGAUCCAACGCGGCCUCUUUCAUGGAGAUGGCUGGAUUAAAGGUGAUUACAGCUCAGAAGUUUGAGUUUUCGUUUGUUCCGUCGGCCAAGACUCCCAAUAGUCAGGCAAUGGGUCGAUAUGUGCAAGCGAAACUGAUGCCAAACUAUCCGGAGCUGAUGCGAAAACUCUUGGGCCUGCUGAACAUUACCAACGACGAGAUGGAGCAGCUGAUAAACGACGCGUUGAGAGACCUGUCGUCCGAGGAAGGAAUUCAUCAGAAAUACACUGUCACUAUUGCAAGGAAAAGCAUAAGCUAG